ACAGAUAGAGAGACGCAGAGCGCGCGAAGGAGGGGCUCGCGCGAAGUUCCUGACAGCUCGCGCACUCCGGUUUAAAGAGCAGCAUCUCCUACUCGAUGCAAAGACCACCCUAAUGAACGUACACCGCGUGUGAACAACUCCUAAACGAAGGGCAGGCGUCUUGUAGGUGCACAAACACACGGGAUUUGUUUCGGACGCUUGGACGGUGUUUUUGAGAGUCUCUGGUGUUCCUCGCGCGCAGGCGGAGCGGCGCGUGCUCAUCUUCGGCUCAGCUGAGCUGUCAUGCUGCCUAAAGUCGAUUCAGAAUCUCUGGGACUCGCUCGAUCGCAUGGGGAACAGGGGCAUAUGCCUAGAAACAUGCAAGCCCCCCAGUUUAAAAUGAUGGACUACUCUUACGACGAAGACUUAGACGAAAUGUGUCCAGUGUGCGGAGACAAGGUGUCCGGAUAUCACUACGGGUUGCUGACCUGUGAGAGCUGUAAGGGCUUCUUCAAGCGCACGGUGCAGAACAACAAGCGCUACACAUGUAUAGAGAACCAGAGCUGUCAAAUAGACAAGACCCAGCGGAAACGCUGCCCCUACUGUCGCUUCCAGAAGUGCCUCACUGUCGGCAUGAAACUGGAGGCUGUGAGGGCCGAUCGAAUGAGAGGAGGUCGCAACAAGUUCGGCCCCAUGUACAAACGAGACCGGGCGCUCAAGCAACAGAAAAAAGCGCUGAUCCGGGCCAAUGGACUCAAGCUGGAGGCCAUGACGCAAGUCAUGCAAACUGUCCCAGCGGACCUCACCAUUACCUCUGCCAUUCAGAACAUCCAUUCAGCCUCCAAGGGGCUUCCACUGAGCCACCACCAUCAUCACCACCAUCACCACCACCACAGCUCCUCCAGCGCAGGCCUGCCCCCUGCAGACUUUGACCGCAGUCCCUUCGUCACCUCGCCGGUCAGCAUGGCCAUGCCGCCGCACGCCGGAGGACUGCAGGGCUACCAGGCGUAUGGCCACUUCCAGAGCCGCACCAUCAAGUCAGAGUAUCCCGACCCCUACACAAGCUCACCGGAGUCCCUCAUGGGCUACCCGUACGUAGAAGCCUAUCCGGGUGGAUCGCCAGCCACCUUCCCUCACCUUGUGAUGGAGCUGCUCAAGUGCGAGCCGGACGAGCCUCAGGUGCAAGCGAAGAUCCUAGCGUACCUCCAGCAGGAGCAGGCCAGCCGGGGCAAGCACGAGAAACUCAACACUUUUGGCCUCAUGUGCAAGAUGGCCGACCAGACACUGUUCUCCAUUGUAGAAUGGGCCAGGAGCAGCAUCUUCUUCCGGGAGCUGAAGGUUGACGACCAAAUGAAGCUUCUCCAGAACUGUUGGAGUGAACUCCUCAUCCUGGACCACGUUUUCCGGCAGGUGAUGCACGCCAAAGAGAGCUCCAUCCUCCUGGUCACAGGGCAACAGGUGGAUUACGCCCUAAUUGCCUCCCAAGCCGGUGCCACACUCAACAACCUCCUGAGUCACGCACAGGAGCUGGUGAGCAAACUACGAUCCCUCCAGCUGGACCAGAGGGAGUUUGUCUGCCUCAAGUUCCUGGUGCUGUUCAGCUUGGACGUCAAGAACCUGGAGAACUUCCACCUGGUGGAGAGCGUCCAGGAACAGGUCAACGCGGCGCUGCUGGACUACGUCAUGUGCAACUAUCCUCAGCAGACGGACAAGUUCGGCCAGCUCCUGCUGCGGCUGCCGGAGAUCCGGGCCAUCAGCCUGCAGGCCGAGGAGUAUCUGUACUACAAACACCUGAACGGUGACGUGCCCUGUAACAAUCUACUCAUAGAGAUGCUGCACGCCAAACGUGCCUGAGGACCGUCUCCACACCAGCAUCAUCACCAGACAACACCAGCCUUCGACCGAUGCACACUCACUGCAUGGGUUUGGGCCAGACUCUUUGGAUCUGAGAACCCCAUAGCGAGGGUUUGGCGAAGGGCAGAUGCAUUUCUGGUAAAGACAUGAAUCCAGAAUCCAGAGUUAUGACCUCUAGGCUGCGGAUUUGUCGUAGUAUUGUCAAACCAUGACUGUCAGUCGUUAUUUGUUGUGUGUGCAGCUGAUCGAAUCCUCCACCUUACACUCAGACUUGAGGUGGUGGGUUUAAGAUGACUGGGAAAGGACUGGGCGCUCUUUCAAGACUGGUUUGCCAGCAUUGACCCAAAGUUUCCAUUAGGACCUGGCCAUGUGGCCUGCCUUUGUCUGUUUUAAGGCACACAAGCUGGGCCAGAGCCGGUAGGUGGAGGUAAGAUGGACAACCAGACAUUGCCUGCAUUUGCCCCUACUAAGACUUGAUUCCAACCCCUCACCAAAAAGAAAAAAACCUCUUUUCAAAUGGGCAGCCAUUUCUUCUUCUUUGUCACUGUGAGGCUGCUUUAACCAAUAUUUUCUCACCAAAAAUGGAAAAGGAUGAAUAUCACAAAAUCUGUCAAGAACAUGUCCGGGUCAUAUUCAAUCUCAAAAUCAUAAGAAAGAAAUGAGAAAUGAUUGAUGUGUAAUAUUUGGUCCAAAGGCUCAAAAAAAUAUAUAGUAAAUUAUUCUGAAUACUGAAUAAAAGGUAAUUUUGUAGGUAAAUGUACUAAAUGCGGUCAUGAAAAUAAGAAUUAAUAAUUAUUAGACAUUUUAUUAAUUUAUUUUUUUAAAAAUCAGACAAAAAAAAAAAUAUUUUGGAGAUAAAUGUGCUAAAUUGUCAUGACAAUUAACAAAAAUAUAACAAUUCACAAUUAAACUGAAUUUUGGGAAUACAAUUCUAAAUUGUUAUAAAAGUAACAAUUAAUAAUCGUUAAUUUUAUAAUUAUUUUAAUGAAAAUAGUUCAUAUUAAAAAUAUAUUUUUUAGGUAAAUGUGCUAAAUUGACCAGACAUAAACAUUUAAUAGAUAAUUAAUAAUAAACUAAAGUUUAGGACUACAAAUGCCUAACUGUCAUGGUAAUAUAAAUUAAUAAUUAUUAACAAUUAACAAAAGAACGCAACUAUAAAACCUUAAUAAAAAUAAUUUCUUAUUUUUUGAUUUGUGGGAUGCAUUGUGACCUGGAAAUGUAUUUACUAAGAUUCUCCCUCAAUAACUCACAACACACAUUUUUUUCUAUUUAUUAGUGUAGAUUUUUCUGCUCGAUCGGAACAUUUUGCAGUUUGUUCAUUAACAAAUGUGAAUACGAAUAUAGCGCAAAGCCAGUAUAAAGAAAUACAGCCUCAGUCAACACAAGACCAAAGCCUGCAGAGAACAAAAAAAGAGAAAGAAAAAAAAACAACCGUAACUAUCAGUAUUAAUAAUUUGUGAUGUCACAGUCAUGUGAGUCUUGCCUUAUUUCGUUUCCAUGCUAGCUAACCGUGCUGAUGUGAAUUACGAUAUGUAAAAUAAAAAGUACAUAUAUAUAACGUAUUAAUGUUCUACAAUUGAAAAGAAAUGAGGUGUUUACAUUCAUGUGGUCAUGUGGGAGAUAACUGUGAUGCGUUCAAUUGCAAAGCAAUGAUUUCAUAUAAAAACGAAACAAUGUUCAGAAAAGAUUAUUCCUCGUUUGCUUUCUUAGGUGUGUACAGUUUUCAUCUUUCUUAACCAGUACUUAAUUAUGUCGUGAGACACUAAAUCAGAGAGAAAUCUCACUUAAUUCUGAGUUUCGAAAUGUGUUUUUUUUUUAUUGUGCUUUUUCUGUGGACAUCUGUUUUAUACGUUCUACGUUUGAAAUGUACGUCACUGGUUAAGCUUAAUUUAUUGAUCUGGUUUCAUCCAUGUGUUCCUGCACAGUGGGGUGGGGUCAUGACUAAAUGUAUUUGUUUACUGUAGCACGUUUUUAAACAUGUAGAUACGAGAUGCAGUUGCGGAGCUAAAUGGUGAUUGAGUGAUUCACAUUAAAUAAGCAUCAGUCCUGCCACUGUAAUAUAUCAAGAGCUGUACUGAAGGGAUCCGGUGUGACUGACUGGUGCAUCUUUCCUAUCGUGAGGUUUCACUGAAUGUUUUCAUGAUAGCGUCUGUGUUCUAUACCAAAGACAGCGUCUGUCCUUCACCUGUACUUACCUGUUUGCUUCACAAUGAACGGAUGAGAGCUUUGAUAAUUGGGGACUGCCGUUGUUUUUCCUGAACGCUUCAUUUGACUGUAUUUUAUAAAAUUGGUGUUCACGUCAACAUGAAAUCAAAAUGGAUCCAAUUUACUUCCAUAUCUAUCAGUUGGUGUCACCUAGGGCAGAAAAUGGCCAAUAUUAUUAUGUUAAAAAGAAAAUAAUUGAGGAAAUGAGAGCAAAACAAAACAAAAAGCAAAGUAAAGCAAAGCAAAAGAAGGAAAUGAAAGCAAAACUAAAAAAGCAAAGUGAAGCGAAGCAAAAGCAGAGGAAAAGAAAGCAAAACAAAAGGAGAAGGAAAAAAAAAAAGCAAAGCAAAAUAAAAGAAGUAAAAGUAAGCAAAACAAAACAAAAGCAGACAAAAUGAAAGCGAAACAAAGCAAAAGCAGAGGAAAUGAAAGCAAAACAAAAAAGAAGGAAAAGAAAGCAAAACAAAGCAAAAGCAGAGGAAAUGAAAGCAAAACAAAAGAAAAGAAGGAAAAGAAAGCAAAACAAAACAAAAUGCAGAGGAAAGGAAACCAAAAGCAACGCUAUACAAACAAAGGCUUGAAAAUAUAAAAAUGCAAUUAGUUGUGAAACAAAACAAAAGCAGUGGAACAGAUAAACAAACAAAACAAAAGCAGAGGAACAGAUAAACAAACAAAACAAAAGCAGAGGAACAAAAAAUAAAACAAAGCAAAGCAAACAAAACAAAAGCAGCGGAACAGGUAAACAAACAACAAAAAUCAAACAAAACAAAAGCAGCAGAACAGAAAUGAAAAACAAACACAAAACCAAAGAGAAGCAAAACUAAAUGAAAGCAAAAAAAAAAGUUAAAGCAAAAACAAAACAAGCUCAUGUAAAAAAACUAAAUAAAACAGGAAAUGAAAACAGAGUACAAAAAGCAAAAUGAAGCCAAACAAAACAAAUAAAGGUUAAGCAGAACACAGAAAAACAAGCAGUCAAUUAAUUAAAACUUAAGAUUAAUAUUCUAAAUGGUACUGUUAUUAAUUGCAAAUGAUGAUAAUAUUUUUUUUAGAAUCCUAGAAUCGUCAGACAUUAAGAUGCUCUUUUGACGACAAACUUGGCCUUCAGCCUUUAUUUUCCUGUGAAAAAUCUCAAAAGUAAGUGCUUGUGUUUCAGAAGAGAAUUUCCCGAAACCCUUUGCAAACUCACAUUCAGCUCUAUUUUGACAUGUGACGGCCAGUUUUCACCAAAAGUAUUGCCACAAUUUUUCAGAUGAAAUUACCUGCUUUAAGUGGAAAAAUGUCAAAAUACGGAAGUAAAUCGGGUCUCAAAUGUCAUUUCAUGUUGACUGUAAAAGGUCAAAAAGUAUGGUCCACGCAGUAAAAAAACAAAAACAUGUUAAGGUGACUGUUGUAUCACACCUGAAAUGAAAUGUGUUGAUUUAAAAAGCAAUGAAAAUGGCCACCAUGGUGACUUAUCCCAAUCAUCAGACCAUUUUUUUUAACAAACAUGAUGUUACACACCUUAUCAAUGUACAUGAUUUCAGUCAAAGAUACUGUAGAAAGUAUUUUGUAUGAGCACAACUGCUUUAAUCAACAUUUGCUGCAUGGCAUCUACGCCCUCAUUUGUACAUAAGGCCACUUCUUUAUGGAUUCUAGGGAAAUUGGUUUGUAGUUGCUUCGUUUUGUGACUCUACUGUGUUGUGUGUUGAUCAGACCGACAAUCUUAAGAAAUCCAGUGCCCCUCGUUUCUCAUUUUGUUCCCCAUCACCGGAAGUCCUGCAGCUGCUUUGGAUGUCUGCUUACCUGCCUGAAUGUUUGGAUUGGGAUUCUCUCAUUUGUGCGCUGGAAGCCGCAGUCAGACCCACAUCUCGGAUGUCACCUCUUGCCAUAAAGAGUUUCCAUACAAGCUCUUUCCGUCAUAUUUUAAUAAAUUACUAUUAUGCCAUAA